AUGCCCAUCUUUACUCUCGCAUAUGGGUCUUUUGGUGAUAUUACCUUGUGUGUACAGUUAUUAUGGAAGAUUGGCAGGGAGCUGCGCGACACCACCGGGUCGUCACAAGAGUAUCAAGCACUCAAAGCGGAGCUAACGUACACUGUCUCUCUUCUGGAUCAGGUUCGGCGACUGGAGCAGGGGCCUCAGACAUCCAAGAGGACACAGGAUCUACUUCAACUUCUUCGAGAGGAGGUGGCGCUCAGCCAUCAGGCGAUUCAGAACUUCAUGACCCAGCACAGGAGGCCACGAGGCAUCCUCCAAAUAGUCACUUGGCAUACAAUGGGUACUAACGAGGCCCGAGAGCUCCAGGAGCUCUUGUCAAGACGAUGUAUGCGACUAUCAAUGCUACUUGAUAUGUUUCAUCAAAGCAGUCAAAAAGAUAGAAAUACAUACGAAAGCUCUCGUGUGACACUCAUGCACAGAGAGGGAGUCCGUAUUCUAUCAACUCGGAUUGAGAGUGCUACCACUGGGAUAGUCGCCGAUGUUGCUUCCGUUGGUCAGCAUGUGAUCGAGACGCAAACAACGGUCUGCAAGAUAAAGGAGAUCCUAGAUUCUCUGGGCAAACAUGUCAAGGAUAUGUCACGUGUUGAGAUCAAGGUUGCUGUAGUCGAUCCGCUCAACAGACGGCAUGACCUUUCCCUUGGGUACUGCCAGAGCUACCAGAUGGCCGUUGAUAUGAUCAAGUUUCUUGCAAGGCACAAUCAAAUUGCAGAUCGCAUGGCGUGGUCAAGGAGGCAUCAUGGACUACGCUUGCUCAAGUUGGACUAUCCAUUGAGAUUUGUGUCAUCAGUCAACGUUGGCAUUGCGUUCGCUGCCCAGCUUGUGGUUAUGAAGGUCCGCAGUGUCCUUCAAAGGAUCCUCAAGCUAGAAAGUGGUCGUACAAUGUGUCAUCGCAAGUUUCAAGUUCUAGAAAUGCACGAUGUUGACUUACCAAACCGAAUCCUGAACAGUUCUGUGGAUGCGUCGUGGAAUUGGGAAGAAGUGUCACAAUUCCGUCUCCUGGCUGUUGUUAGUGAUGCGUAUCCUCACCCUACUGCUCGGUUUCCCAUUUGGAACACAGACCAGCUCAUUGGGUUCAAGGAGUUUCUCGAAGAGGAUGAGUCGUUUCUGUUCCCCGACACCCCUUCUGAUGAGACAGAGUGCGAGAUGUUUGUUGUAGAGAGUGAACUGUCGGCUUGCAUAGAUCCGCUGGUGUUGCUUGACAUGGAGAGACUGCUCGACAUCUUGACCCACCUGUUUGUAAUCGAUGAGGCGUAA